AUGGAUAAAAACUAUGUAGAAGCGAUUAUAAAAGGCUUAAGAUCUACAUCAUCAACUUGUAUUCAAGAUACUCUUUUAAAAAUUAAAAAUAAUGUUAUUACUAGUGAUAAGGGUCUGAAAACUUUUAGAGAUUGUGGUGGUUUAGAUAGUUUGUUACCUCUUCUUCGAAAACCAAAUGAAAGGAUAUUGAAUACAGCUUUGAGUGUUCUUGGCAAUUGCUGCAUGGAUGAAACAAGCAGUCUUAUGGUUGGCAAAUUAAACAUUUUUGGGCCUCUUAUAUCAAUAUUAAAGACUGUAUAUCGGGAUAGUAUAUUGGGAAGAACUUGUAGACUAAUAGGCAAUUUGGCACAAAGACAUUCCAAUGCAAAAGGUUUACAUGACCACGGAGCCGUAGAAGUGCUUGUUACCUUAAUAGAAAACAGAGAUAAAAACACAUCUAUUGCUACAUUAACUAUGGCUGUGAGGGCAAUUAGGCAACUUUGGAUGGUAACAGACAAAAGGGACGAAAUGCUAAGUGUAAAUGCUGUAAGGUGUAUUACUGUAUUGUUAACAGCGCAAUGUGAAUCUGCCGGUAUCAUAGAGUCACCUAAUCCCACUAAUGAAAUAGAUGAAUUAAAGAAAAGCCAUGAAGAACUGAUUAAUGGUAUUCUGAAAUGUUUAGGAUACUUUACAACAUACAGUAAUCCUCAGUGUGCAGAACAGAUACAGGGUGAUGGCAGGGGUUAUAAGUGUCUAGUUGCAUUGACAAAAUUAUUUGAGUCUACUGCACUAAAAUGCUUAAUCAAUUUAUGCUAUGUCCCAUCUUGUCGGCCCCUUUUAGGCACAGCUGGCCUAGUGGAAUGUUUAGUUGGCAUAUUGCAAAAACUUUCUGAUGUAGCAUGGUGGCCGGAGGGAUCAGCAAAGGCUCUUGCAUUAUUGAGCAGUGACUCUGUAAACCGAUGUCGUUUGCGUCAUUGCGGCGGUUUGCCACUGCUUGUAUCCGCAGCACGAGUUAACUCUUAUGUCCUGCAUGCUUUACUGCAAUACUAUUUUGAUGACUCAGCAUUCCAAAUACUUGUUAACGAGGGACUAAUUAGUUUAUUGACUGACAAGUUAAAUGAUUAUCUUAAAACAAUGGAUUUUGAACACAAACGAAUAUUACAAUGGAAGAAAGUUAACAAAGGACGAAAUGGUGUAAAAGAGCAAAAUAAUCACUGUAAUGAUUUAGAAGAAACAAAUUUAGAAAUACUUAAAAUGAUUAGUGCAAUUGAAAAUAGCGACACCGAUGAUGAGAGUAGAAAUGAUUUCGAUAUUCCAAUUGCAAAGCGAAAAAAUCUUAACAAAACAACGCCUGAAUGUACCAAGCGUUUAAAACUCGUAAGUAUAGUCAAACAAGGAUAUCUGAACUGCUAUGGUACGGUGCAAGGAGGAUCUUUUAUUGUCGAUGGAAGAACUCAAAAGAGACCGGAUGAUGCGAAUUGGGAGCGUAAGCGGAAUGAAAUGGUAUGUAAAGUUCUAUCGGAAAUACCGAUGAGUCCAGAUUGUAGUGACGCGUAUCCUAUGUCACCCUAUUCUGAUACGAAUCAAUCUGGAUUGGCAAGUCCUGAAUAUGGACCAACAAGGAAAAGGAUGCGAUGGGAUUGGAGUCCUGAGUCAAGUGUGAGCGCCGGAGAGGGUAGUUCCGCAUCUCCAUACUGGGCAGAUUGGAGUCCUCGAAGUUCUAGUUGUCCAACUUCACCAUAUAGUAUUAAUGAAGAUAGUGCAGAUUCAGAGAUUUCGGGUAGAUAUUCGCCAGUAUGUAGUGAGCCGGAAAUAGACGAUGGCGCGGGCAAAAUGACAGCUAACGAGCUCCUCGCACUAGAAGUUACAAGGGUCGACCAUGACUUAGACGAGUUCGAUAUGGCUGAUGAUAAAAGUGACGAUGAUCAAGAAACCUCACAAGAAGAUGUCAAUAAGUUUAACGUGAACACAAAAUUAUCGGACAUAUCGUGCGUUUUGGUUUUACUAUUUCGGGUAUCGCAUGGAGCCUCUUACGAUACGCAACAAGAAAUGGAUCCAAUUGAAAGGAUAGACUUACUCGCCGGUCACGAUUGCUUGAACGGUCUAUUGAAUUAUGUGGAACGUUGCAAGUCACCGCUCGGCAAUCCGGCAAGAAUUCUAAAGAAAGUUUUGAGCAGCGCUCGGUGUUUUAUGAAUGUAUUGAAACACAGAUUUCCACUUAGAUUAUAUAAUAUGACGCAAAAUUCAAAACAUCCAAGAAAUGAAUGUAUACAAUGUAUGCAGGUUGUUAAAUUAAGCUUUAAACUCCUAGCUAGAUUAACAGUACUUGCUGAAUCUAGCUAUGGAAUAGGUGAGAUAAGUUAUCAAUUGCUGAAGGGUAGCCCGGAUAUGAAGCGAACACUGUCUAUUACACUGCCUUAUAUAGUAAGCACUGCAAAACCUUUGAAGAAAUACUUCAUAGAUUGUAAUGCGUUAAAUGUAUUACUUACUACAAUUUCGGAAUCCAAAGAAGAUAAUGAAAUCGGUAUCACUGGGUUAGUUAAAUUAGCUAAUAAUAUACAUAUUAAAGAUCCAAAGAUGUUAGAGAAUAGAUUUAAAGACAAGAUUUCCGUUAGUUAUGAUCCAAUACUAGAUAACCUCUUAGUUGAUGAUAUUGUCACUUUCGAAUUGGACGAUCUAACGACAGUAAGAGCGAACAAAUUGUUCCUUUGUCAGAAUUCCGAUGUGUUCAGCGCAAUGUUGAUGGGAUGUUUUAAGGAAUCCGGUGAAAGUUGUGUACGGUUGAGAAAAGCAUCGAAAUCGGCACUCGAAUAUUUGUUCACGCUACUACAAUGUGGCUUGAACAAUCCAAAGAGUGAUAUUAUAAUAUUCCCAAUGGCAGAAAACUUGGAGACAAGUCUGGAAACUUUAUUGUUAGCCGAUAGAUUCUUAUUUGAAAGGAUAAAAGAUAUAUUGAGUAGCGGCAUCGUGCAGUUUCAAUUGUGCGCGGAAUCCGCUGAAAGGAUUUACAUCUGGUCAUUAGGAGAUGGGAUGGGAUUUUUAUGUGUUGAAGCGGCGGCGUAUUUGUUGACAGGGGAAAUGAGUACAAUGCAACGUACACGUUCUUUUACUAAUAUUCUUUCUUUAAAGUAUAGAGAUCAGUGGCUUGACGAUAUUAAGUCGAUGAUCAUGAGGCAAUUGGUAAAGUGUUAAAACUUUAGUAAUGUACUUUCGCCUUAUUAUAUUGUAUGUUUAGAAGUUUGUCAUCGUCUGUGUCAAUUCGUCGAUAACCUGAAGAUGACUUAUUUUAAUUUAUAUAAUUAUACAACUAUGUUAUACAUGUAUUGUCCAGGGAUAAAUGUACAUUAAUGUUUCCAAAAGGAUUCACACCUCGCGCAUUUUUAAUUAUCUAUGUAAUAUAUGAUGUAUACGGAGCAUUUACAUAACAUAAAGUACAUAUGUGAAGAGGGAAUAGUGUCAUGUGAUAAAGUCGGCAUAGUCGGAUAGACGUUUAAAAGUUAAACAAAUGUAGUAAUAGACAAAUUAAUAAGAACUAGUCACUUCUGCUAUUAUAAGAUGUAUUAUAUAUUAACGUUAAAAAUGUAACAUAAAUUGUAAAUCAUACAAGUUAGGAAAAAGAAUGAGGACAUU